UAGUAUUUGCCAUGCUUACAGAAGUGCAUGGAUUCACGUACCACUGCUCCAACAAGGAUAUGGCGUGGGGUGUUGCAAGAAAGUGGUGUCAAAAGAAGUACACAGACUUAGCAGGCAAUAAGAACCUAAAGGACAUCAUUUAUCUCAAUAAAACUUUGCCACCAGAAGUGAAACAUUGUUGGAUUGGGUUAUACAAAGAGGCACAUGUCUGGUUUUGGGUCGAAACCGAAGAAGAACCAACUGAGAAAGAGUUAAAUUGGGCCCCAGGUGAACCGAACAACAUGAGUAGUAAAGAGGACUGUGUGGAGAUUUACUUGAACAGCAGAAACUACACUGGGAAAUUGAAUGAUGAUCACUGCUCAAACUAUAAAAGAGCUUUAUGUUAUAAAGUGUCUUGUCAGCCGAACCUGUGCGGUCCAGACGAGGUGUGCAUGGAACAGCAUGAAGGCUACAUGUGCAAAAACAAAACUGCUGUGCGGUGUCGCCCGCUGCAGGUGCCUGAGGGAGGGAACGUGAGCUGCUCCAGGCCCAGUGAGGACCUUCUCUAUGGCUCCAGCUGCAGCUUCAGCUGCGCAGAUGGACACCAGCUGCAGGGAGCAUCCAGUGUGAUCUGCAUGGCUUCUGCACAGUGGAGUGCAGAGACGCCGAUCUGUAAAGCUGUGCCCUGCCCCUCAGUCCAGCCCCCUCAGAAUGGCAACGUUACCUAUGAAGACUCCAGUGGAGAUCUCCUCUACGGCUCCAACUGCAGCUUCAGCUGUGACCCAGGCUUCAUUCUCCAUGGGUCUGAAGUCAUGACAUGUGGCAAAUCUGGAGACUGGAUUGGAGAAAGACCUGUGUGUCAAGCUGUGCAGUGUCGCCCCCUGCAGGUGCCUGAGGGAGGGAGCGUGAACUGCUCCAGGCCCAGUGAGGACCUUUUCUACAACUCCAGCUGCAGCUUCAGCUGCGCAGAUGGACACCAGCUGCAGGGAGCAUCCAAUGUGAUCUGCAUGGCUUCUGCACAGUGGAGUGCAGAGACGCCGACCUGUAAAGCUGUGCCCUGCCCCUCAGUCCAGCCCCCUCAGAACGGCAACAUUACCUAUGAAGACUCCAGUGGAGAUCUCCUCUAUGGCUCCAACUGCAGCUUCAGCUGUGACCCAGGCUUCAUUCUCCAUGGGUCUGAAGUCAUGACAUGUGGCAAAUCUGGAGACUGGAUUGGAGAAAGACCUGUGUGUCAAGCUGUGCAGUGUCGCCCCCUGCAGGUGCCUGAGGGAGGGAGCGUGAACUGCUCCAGGCCCAGUGAGGACCUUUUCUACAACUCCAGCUGCAGCUUCAGCUGCGCAGAUGGACACCAGCUGCAGGGAGCAUCCAAUGUGAUCUGCAUGGCUUCUGCUCAGUGGAGUGCAGAGACGCCGAUCUGUAAAGCUGUGCCCUGCCCCUCAGUCCAGCCCCCUCAGAACGGCAACGUUACCUGUGCAAACUCCAGUGGAGAUCUCCUCUACAGCUCCACCUGCAGCUUCAGCUGUGACCCAGGCUUCAUUCUCCAUGGAUCUGAAGUCACGACUUGUGGCAAAUCUGGAGACUGGAUUGGAGAAAGGCCUCUGUGUCAAGCCCAUCCUGACCCUACUUUAAACCCCACUUUACUGGUUGUGGCAAUAGGGGGGGCUGCUGGACUGACUGGCUGUGCCCUGGCUGUGUGGAUUGUGAAGCGAUUACAGCAGAAAGCUAAAAAGUAUCACGUGAACAGGCUGCAUUCUCCCCGUGGGCAUGAAUUUCUUAUUUUUGUCAAGUCCAUCCCUCCACCUCCAAAAUCUGUGCCUGGAUUCCCAAAGUGGCAAAGCAUGUCCUCUCCUCACUACCUUCGUGAUCUAGAGCCCACUAACCAACUGGGAUCGUAAGGACCAGUCCAGCCCUGCAGGAGACAUGACAGAAGCAAAACAUCUCCCCGAUGGUCUCCUCUGGUGGAGGACAUGUCUACGUAUCAUCACAUGGGCGAGAAAUAUGUUCAUACAAAAAAGAUUAUUGAGGAUGUAUUUUCGAGAAUAUUUUUUUUUCUUUUCAUCUUGUGUUUUGUGGUAGUUUAAAGUUAGCUGAUUUUCAUAGUAAUUCUUGCAGGCUUUAAGAGGAGUAUACCACCACAGUCCCCGCACACAUCAUAUUUCAUAUACAGUGGU